GAGCUGCGGCCGGGUGGCCGCGCGGGUGGCGAGCAGUGCGGUACGGUGAGGUCUGCGGCCGGGAUGUCGCCUCCGUCGGGCGACGGGGGCCCGGGGCCGCCGCGGACGCUGUCCCUGGCCGCGCGGCUGAGCUUCGCGGUCGGACACUUCCUCAACGACCUGUGCGCCGGCAUGUGGUUCACCUACCUGCUGCUGUUCCUGCACUCCGUGCGCGGGUACAGCUCGCGGGGCGCGGGGCUGCUGCUGCUGCUCGGCCAGGCGGCCGACGGGCUCUGCACGCCGCUCGUGGGCUACGAGGCCGACCGCGCCGCCUGCGUGCGCUACGGGCCCCGCAAGGCCUGGCACCUAGCGGGCACUGUCUGCGUCCUGCUCUCAUUCCCGUUCAUCUUCAGCCCAUGCCUGGGCUGCGGGGAAGCCACACCCGAGUGGGCUGCCUUGCUGUACUAUGGUCCCUUCAUCGUCGUCUUCCAGUUUGGCUGGGCUGCCACGCAGAUUGCCCACCUGAGUCUCAUCCCAGAGCUGGUGACCAGUGACCACGAGAAGGUGGAGCUCACAGCCCUCAGGUAUGCGUUUACUGUGGUCGCUAACAUCACCGUGUAUGGCGCGGCCUGGUUGCUGCUGCACUUGCAAGGCUCUGCGCACAGGGGGCAGGACAUUGGUGGGGGUGACCAGCUGGGAGUCCAGGAUGUGCCUGUGUUCCGGAACCUGGCCCUGCUGGUGGUGGGUGUGGGAGCCAUCUUCUCUCUGCUCUUCCACUUGGGUACGGAGGAGGGUCGCCGGCCCCAGCACCGGGGGAUCGAACCGGAUGAGCACAGCCCCCUGGUGGCCCCUGCGGCCCAGCCACUGCUGCUGUGGAAACACUGGCUUCGGGAGCCCGCUUUCUAUCAGGUAGGCAUGCUGUAUAUGACCACAAGGCUUAUCGUGAACCUGUCUCAGACCUAUAUUGCCAUGUACCUGACCUAUUCUCUCAGCUUGCCCAAGAAGUUCAUUGCCACCAUUCCCCUGGUGAUGUACUUGAGUGGCUUCUUCUCCUCCUUCCUCAUGAAGCCAGUCAACAGGCGCAUAGGGAGGAACAUGACCUACUUCACAGGGCUGCUGGUGAUCCUGGCCUUUGCAGCUUGGGUGGCCCUAGCAGAUAAUCUGGGUGUGGCCGUGUACGGGGCUGCAGUGCUGCUGGGUGCAGGCUGUGCCACCAUCCUUGUCACCUCCUUAGCCAUGACAGCUGACCUCAUUGGCCCACACACGCACAGUGGAGCCUUCGUGUAUGGUGCUAUGAGCUUUUCGGAUAAGGUGGCCAAUGGGCUGGCAGUCAUGGCUGUGCAGAGCCUGCACCCCUGUCCCUCGGAGCUGUGCUGCGGGGCUUGCGUCGACUUCUACCACUGGGUGAUGACAGCAGUGACAGGCGGCGUGAGUGUGGCCGCAGCUCUGGCUCUCUGCAGCCUCCUCAUCUGGCCCAUCCGCAUUCGCACCCGGCACCCCGGAGACCGGCCCUGACCUCUGGCUCCCCAGGGUGACAUGAUGAAGGACCAGGCAGACACCCUGAUCCCCGGUCCCCCAACUUGCUUGGGAU